AUGUUCACCGAUUCAUCUUCUCCACCAAUUGAUCCGGAUUUACCCGAAUCCGAAACCCGACCCGAUUUCAAUCCCUCCUCCACCGAUUCCACCACCGUACAAACCAACAUCGAUGCAGAGGAGGAAGCUAGACCCGAACCAACGACGACGACAUUCGAAUCAGAUUUCAAAUCCGUCACCGAUCUACAACCGGAACGAUUCAAUUCCCUCGACGAAUUGACCCACGAUCUCGGCUCCCUUCACGAGCUUUCUACACGUGGCUCAUGGGAAGCGAUUCUCGAGAAGAUAGCUCAAGCCAGAGCUCUUUUCCUCCUCACAAAGCCUCACGAGCAUCUCACUUAUCUGACUUACCAAGUCAUCGCUCUCGCGAAGCUACGUCGAUCCGAUGAAGCUGCUCAUGAGCUUAAUUCAUUGCACGAUUUCGAUGGGACUCAUUACAGGUACGAAUCGUUCCCUGAGAUCUACCCAAAUCGGAAAGGAUCAAUGGUUCCUUUCACUUUACGAUGGCUUUACGCUUUGAUUCCGACUAAGCUUGGUAAUCGUCAAGAAGGGUUAGAUCGGUUAUACACAUUGCUUGAUUUCGUUAGAGAUAGAGUUAGAGAGAAAGAAUCACAGAGUUUUGAUUGUUCUGUUGAAUUGUGGAAGAAAAGAGAGACCUUUGUGAUGAAUUGCUUGUUAGGGUUUCAUUUAGGUCACAAGGAGUUUGGUAUAUCGUUGGAUUUGAUUAAGGAAUUGAUAAAUCGUGAUCCUUUAGACGCGGUUUUGAUAUCGAAGCUAGGGUCUGUUCAAAUGCAGUUUGGUGAUGUAGAAGGAGCGAAAACGACGUUUAAUCGAGUGGAGAAGAUGUUGAAUGAAGGAAAGAACAAUGGGUUAUUGAAUGAAUCGCAAUUCAAGAAUCUUGUGGGUAGGAAUAAGGCUUUGGUUUAUGUUGUGGGGAAGGAUUAUGUUUCUGCUGUGAGAGAGUACGAAGAAUGCAUUGAAAGAGAUAACUCGGAUAUUGUUGCGGUUAAUAAUAAAGCUCUUUGUUUGAUGUCCUUGAGAGAUUUAUCGGAUGCGAUUAAGGUGAUGGAGAGUGCAUUAGAGAGAGUACCAACCGCUGCUUUGAACGAGAGCUUGGUGGUUAACUUGUGUAGUAUGUAUGAGUUGGCUUAUGUUAAUCACACUGAUGUCAAGCGGACAUUGAACAACUGGAUUGCGCGUGUUGCUCCCGAUGACUUUGAUUCAUCUUGUACCAGAAUUUGA